AAAGGAAACGAGUAGAACAAGAUGGUUUCUCUUCCUGGUAGCAGUGUUGUUUAUCCUUUGAAUAAGGAAUGAGUGGUAUAGGAGACACCGUGUCAGGCGGGCUCGGUGGCCUUGCCUGUGUGUUAAUAGGUCAGCCAUUGGACACUAUCAAAGUGAAAAUGCAGACUUAUCCUGCGAUGUACACGUCGACAUUGCAAGCACUGAAAACAACUCUACUAGAAGAAAGGUUUCGAGGUUUCUAUGCUGGCUCGUCUCCUGCUGUGAUCUCCAAUAUUGCAGAGAAUGCCGUCUUGUUUAUGUGCUACAACAAGUGUCUGAGUUUGGUGCAGUGGAUAGGAGGAAACGAGGAAUUGAGUAUCACACAGAAGGCCAGUGCAGGAAGCCUAGCGAGUGUGUUCUCAUCCGUAGCAAUUACUCCACCCGAUCAGAUCAAGUGCAAGAUGCAAGCCUACGUACAGACGCUUCAAACAAAACAUCCAAACACUUCAGUUGAGGAGAUCCUAGCAAAGAAUAGAGUGAACAUGUGGAUGAUUAUAAAACAGAUAGUUCGUGAGGACGGUGUAACUGGACUGUUUAGAGGAUUGACUAGUACUUGGGCGAGGGAGGUUCCUGGCUACUUCUUCUUCUUUGGAGGAUAUCAUUUCAGUCGGAAAAUGUUAACUCCCCAAGGGCAGGACCCCAACGAUCUCAGUGUACCACGACUGGUGUUGGCAGGAGGGAUAGCUGGGUGUGGUUACUGGACCUCAGUGUUUCCCACUGAUACGGUCAAGUCAAGAAUACAGGUGAGAGGGGAGUACAGCAACUCGUUCUGGAAGACACUUACAACCAUUGUUAGGACUGAAGGUGUGUUGACACUGUACAAGGGACUAACUCCCAUGAUCGUUCGGUCCUUCCCAGCAAAUGGAGCUCUGUUUGUUACAUACGAAUAUAGUAGGAAACUGUUUCAAUCAGAAACAUCUACUUAAUAAUUAUGAUCUAUGCAUC